AUUGAAUGUAAUGAUGAUGACAAGAAAACUUACAAACAUUUAAAUGUUCAUUCAUUUAAUCUAUAUAUGGAUACUGUGUCUACAUUAUUUCAAAAAGUCACAACAGAUGAAUAUAAAAAAUCAACUGAAUUAACUGGAAAUUUAAUUAAAUGGGAUGUACGUGUUGAAGGUGGCAAAAUUAAUCUGGCAGUUUCCACUGUUAAUAAACAUAAUACUGAAGGGGAAUCAAUUAGCACGAGAACUGAAAAUUAUCCUUAUAAAGCUAAAUAUUCCUUUUAUAAACAUGGAUUAAUUGCGAGCUCAUUAUUUAAUAACAAUGAUAUUGUUAUAUUGACAACAUUUGGCAUUCUUAUUUACACUUUUAGUGAAAAUAACGAAUCUAGUGAAAAUGUCUCUAGUGAAAAUGUCGAAUCUAGUGAAAAUAACAAAUCCAUUUUUUUAAACUAUUUUUAUUUUAUGGAAUUCGAUCCAUUUGAUUAUAUUCGUGAAAAUGAAAUAUAUAUGGAAAUAUUUCAACAUUACAAAAGAAUAUUUUCAAAAUCCACUUUACCAUUACCAAAUUAUGAUAGUUUUAGAUUAGAUGGAUGGGUUUCAGAUGUAAUAAAUAUUAAGUCAAGUCUUUUGAAAUAUGGAGUUGAAUUAUUAACAUUUGCAAUUAAAGAACAUAAGUUAGAAUUAAUUGAUGAAAUAUAUAAAAAAUGUAUGGCUUAUUUUAAAGAGGAUUUAAUGAAUAACAAGUCAUUUUUAAGCAUUAUCACUUCCACAAUGCCAUUACUAGAUAAAUAUUAUCCAGAAUAUAUUCUAAGAUAUUCAUCAGAAACGAAUAUGAUCAUAGAUUCUUCUUCUUAUAGUAUAGAACAUCAAAAUAAAAAUUUACAUCUUUGUUCUUUUUUUUAAAUAUCCUCAAAUAGCUAAUUUAUCUCAAUCUCUU